AUGAGCUUCCCCAUGGAGUCAAGCCUGACACAUCAAAGCAACCCACCUCAAUCAUGCGACAACACCAUCGAUUCGAAUCAAACUGUCAAUACUAGUUACAUGAGUAGUAACGAGUAUCAGAGUGUCAAUUGGCAACAGGCACAACAUCAUCAACAACAGCAGAAGCAACAGCAGCAGCAGCAGCAGCUCCACAAUGGUCCCUCGACACAACAAUAUUCAUUGCCUCAAAACGCCAUGCAAAGCUACCCCUAUCAAUCGGAAUAUACACCAAUGAAGCUUUGGAAUCAGUCAACCUAUUCCAACCAGAAUUGGCAAAAUAAGACAAACCCAUUUCAGCCAUUGGCAAGGGACCAAGACAAUGGUGAUGGCGAAUUUUUUGACUCCAAGACAAAUGACAAGAGAUCCACCACUCAAUACAAUACCAACAAGUACAUGAAAAACAGUAUGCUCAAUGCGCCAAGUUAUGUUCCGUAUGGAGCCAGAUACCCAGCUACACCAAACUCCACUAUAAACAAGGCAGCUAUUGAUGAUGAAAAUGGAACUGACUUGAAAGAGGAGGUGCAAAAGUUAAAGAAUGAGUUGAUUUUAAAGAAUCAAAUGAUUAAAAACUUGACCGACCAAAUUGGCAUCAUGAUCAAAAACAAGAAUUCCAAAGCAUACAAUGAAGUGAAGGAAGACGCAAGUGAUGCCCGUUCACCAGUGUUUAAAAUGCCGCAAAACCAUUACCAAUUGUUUCAGGACUUGUCGAAAACGUUGCAAGAAAAAUGUCAAGAAUUGGAUGACGUCAAUCAAAGAAUGGAAAUUGUUUUAGUUGCCAAUCACAUCAGCAACAAUACCGCUGUUGGAUACGAUGUGGAAGAAUUGAGUCACAAAUUGCUUUACAAGAUGAAUCAAUUGCAGACAGAAAAUGAUGAGUUGGUAAAGAUGGUGAGUUUGAGUAACAAGUCGAGUUUAUUAGUUGAAAUUGGGAUGUUGAAGCAACAGAUUGCUCAGAUAAAUGGUGAUGCACAAAAAGAUAAUAAGAUGGAGGAUGGUAAGUAG